AUGGAGAAAACUGUAGAGCAAAGAUACGCGAUCAAGUUUUGCGUGAAGCUGAACAAGACGCCGCUGGAAACUUUCGAGAUGCUUCAGCAAGCCUUCGGUGACGAUUGUCUGUCCAGAUCGCAGUCAAACAGGUGGCACAAGAUGUUUAAAGAAGGCCGGGAGGAGGUCGCCGACGAAGCCCGCCAAGGACGUCCUUCAACGUCGCGAAACGACGACAGUGUGACUCGUGUGCGCCAGUUGCUGAAUUCUGACCGUCGAAUGAGUGUUCGGUUAAUGUCGGAUUUAUUGAAUAUACCGAAAAGUACGACGAGACUUCUACACAGGAGCUCACAAACAGACACGUUGUGA